AGGUUGCCUGCUGCUGACGAAGGGGGAACACCUAGGAAUCUAAGGGAUAGCCGUAGUCUCCAUUCUUUAGACUAAUGUUUCUUUUCGACGCAGCAGCCAAUCUUAGUGACAGUCCCCCUACGCCUUGUCGGUUUCACAUCAGCACAGACAAGGCUGGUGGUCUGUCUUUGUGCAGAAAGACUCCAGUCGUCUACUGCUGCCUAAGCAGUGUUCUGCUGCGUUUCCAGCCCGUCGAGCCGUGGAUUUUGCGCGUGAUUUACCGGCAACCAUGGACCGCCUAGCCGUCAUUUCCGGGCAUCUGUGUCCUCCAAGGCGCGACGAGGAAGAGCAGCAAGAUGCACGGACUCUCGCACCGUCGCCAACGCUGUCGUUCGUCAACACGGCGGAUCCGCCGUCAACUUUCACGCAGGCCCAGCCAGCCACCGUCUUCCCGCCGUCCAAGUCGGACUACUUCGGCCUGAGCGACCUGCUGACGCCGGACCAACAGGCUCUCCGGCUGCGAGUCCGCGAGUUCAUGGAGCGAGUCGUCGCCCCCGUCGCUCCAGCGUACUGGGAGAAGGCGGAGUUCCCGCACGAGUUGGUACCCAAGAUUGCCACGCUCAAGCUGGCUGGCACGACCAUCAAGGGCUACGGGUGUCCGGGCCUGUCUAUGACGGCAGCAGGACUGGCAGCAGCGGAGCUGGCACGAGUGGAUGCGAGCUGCGCGACCUUCAUUCUCGUGCACAGCUGCCUUGGCAUGCUCACCAUCGCGCUGUGCGGCAGUGAGGAGCAGAAGCAAAGGGAUCUGCCGCAACUAGCAGAGCUCAAGAAAAUCGCCUGCUGGGGCCUAACCGAGCCGGACUACGGCAGUGACGCCAGUGCACUGACAACUACAGCGCGCAGGGUGCAGGGCGGGUGGGUGCUCAACGGUUUCAAGCGGUGGAUCGGCAACAGCACCUUUGCUGACGUCAUCAUCAUCUUUGCCCGCAACACGUCCACCAAUCAGGUCAACGGUUUCAUCGUUCGCAAGGGUGCAGCGGGGUACAGUGCGGUGAAGAUGGAGAACAAGAUUGGGCUGCGCAUAGUGCAGAACGGGGAUAUCACUCUCAAGGACGUCUUUGUGCCUGACUGCGACAGGCUGCCAGGGGUCAACUCCUUCCAGGACACCAACAAGGUCCUGGCCGUAUCCCGGGUCAUGGUGUCGUGGCUGCCAGUGGGCAUGUGCAUGGGCAUCUACGACAUCUGCCUGCGCUACCUGCAGCAGCGCACGCAGUUCGGCACCUCCCUCGCGUCCUUCCAGCUGUGCCAGGAGAAGCUCGUCCGCAUACUGGGCAACGUGCAGGCCAUGUCGCUGCUGGCCUGGCGCCUUUCCAAACUAUAUGACGAGGGCAAGAUGACGGCGGGGCAUGCGAGCAUGGCCAAGGCGUGGAUCACCCUGCGAGCCAGGGAAACAGCAGCGCUUGGGAGGGAGCUGCUGGGGGGGAACGGGAUUCUGGCAGAGUUCCUUGUGGCAAAGCAUUUCUGCGACAUGGAGCCCAUCUACACGUAUGAAGGCACGUACGACGUGAACGCGCUUGUGACGGGGCGAGAUGUGACUGGCAUUGCCAGCAUCAAAGCCCCUCCUAGUCGCAAGGCCAGGGACAACGGGAAGGGCAUGCUGUGAAAAGAAGCUUUCGUGGGGAGGGGAGGAGAGGGGAAGAGAGGGGAGGGGAGGGGAGGAGAAGUGAGGGGACGGCAAGGGAGGGAGGAGAGGAUGUGAACACGCUUGUGACGGGGCAGGAGGGUACAGGUGUUCCCAGCAUCAAAGCCCCUCCUAGUCGCAAGGCCAAGGACAAUGGGAAGAGCGGGUUUCUCAGGAGGAGAUGGAAGGGUGGGCGUGCAGUGAAAUGGAACGAUGGAAUCUUGUAUAAGUUUGUCUGAGGUGAUUUCGCUAGGGAGUGAAUCAGAGUUGCUUGUGUGUACUUGCUGUACAGUUUUCAUCCUGCUACAAGUGUAUGUAAGAUGUACCUGGUAUUGCUGCAUUUGCUGCUAUUCUCCCUAAUAUGGUAGA